AAACGUUUACUUCAGAUUUCCGCAUUUUGUGCUCAGACCAGUGAGACUUCAAGCUAAAGCUUCUUUCUCUGUGCUGUUGUCUCUCUUCAACAACGUACGAGUGACCAUGUCAGGAGUUUUUCUGAGGGUAAACCUGAGGAGGUGCAUCGCGCCUCAAAUCAGAAUGUUCUCUGAUCAGCUUGGUGAGUUGGGCAGUGGAGCAGGCAAAGGUGGUGGUGGAGGCGGCUCUGUGAGGCAGGCAGGCGGUGCAUUUGGAAAGAGAGAAGCAGCCGAGGAGGAGCGGUACUUCAAGCAGAAGGAGAGGGAGCAAAUAGAAGCUCUGAGGAAGCAUCACGCAGAGGAGAUCGAGCACCACAAAAAGGAGAUUGAGCGCCUUCAGAAGGAGAUUGACCGCCACAAGGGCAAAAUUAGAAAGCUGAAACAUGAUGACUGAAGCACAGUCCAUCCACAUCAUUGCUAAGUUAAUCAUAAGAUAUAGAUUUUACUGGCGGCUGUGACAGUUCCUGUAUCAUACUUCAGAGCAAUGGCAUGAACAUUUGAAUAAAUAAAUAAAUAAAUGAAA